GACGUUCAGAACCGUCUCGCAGACUGCCCCCACCCACCACGCAGCCCACUCGUGCACCACCACCACCACCCCCGCCUCUCGCUAGCACAGCCACACACCCAUAUCUAGUCUCACAGCACACGCACAUACAUCGCCCGCACACCCGCCUCGACGCACCUCACCUCGCAUCCGGUGCUUUAUGCGUGCCCCCAGUAUCAGCACAACUCUAUCAUGACAUCUGCGACGACAUCUUCCGGCACGUCCUCCGCUGCGAGGCCGUGCCCGAAGGAGCCCUGGCUGAGCCCGCAGCUGUCAUCGUACUUCAUCGCAGGCGGCAUAGCGGGCGCGGCCUCGCGGACCGUAAUCAUUCAGCAGGUGCAGUCACCCACCGCUGAAGGGCAGUACAAGGGCGUCUGGGCGAGCUUGGUUCGAAUGUGGAGAGAGGAGGGCAUCAGAGGGUACAUGAGGGGAAAUGGAAUCAACUGCUUGAGAAUUGUACCCUAUAGUGCAGUUCAAUUCACCACAUACGAACAGUUGAAGAAGGUAUGUUCCACAUACCCUCUUGACCUCGUGCGAUCGCGCUUGUCCAUCGCGACCGCCUCGAUACCUAUCCAGACAGCAGCCGCAACAGUUGCACCCACGAAGCGGGCACUAGCAUCCUCAUACCACACUGCCUCCGCCGCAUCCCUUCCCCCGGCAAAAGCGCCGAACUCCAAGGAUCUGACAGUGUGGGGAAUGAUGUCGAGGAUUGUGCGCGAGGAAGGCGGCGUACGCGCUCUGUAUCGGGGGAUCGUUGCCACAGCCGUCGGUGUGGCGCCCUACGUGGGAAUCAACUUUGCCUCGUACGAAGCGCUGAGGGGGGUCAUCACGCCGCCAGGGAAGAGCAGCGUUCCACGGAAAUUGCUCUGCGGAGCGCUCGCUGGCUCAAUAUCCCAGACCAUCACGUAUCCGUUCGAUGUCUUGCGCCGCAAGAUGCAAGUGACAGGGAUGGGCGGGAAGAAGUACAACGGGGCGUUGGAUGCUCUCCGGACCACGCUACAAGCGGAGGGUCCGAAGGGCUUGUACAGAGGGCUGUGGCCAAAUCUACUGAAGGUGGCGCCGAGCAUCGCGACGUCGUUCUUCACGUAUGAGCUCGUGAAGGACUUCCUGCUGGAAACGUCGUGAUCGUGGCGGUCCGCGCAUGACGGGCGGUCGCGCUCGCUUCUCGCGGUCUGGGCCGGAAAUAAGGGGAUGUGUACAUUGAGGGCAGACGAGCCCCGGCCGCUGGGUGGCUCGUGCAUCAGAAGAGGAGAGGAGAUUCGCGGAUUCGUUGGUCGUGCUUCGCGCGGGAUGGAGCAGAGUACGAUCAGGCAGGUGAGCAUCCCCGCAUGGGUCGGACUCGAUUUGUAGAGCACUAGCUAUGGAUAGACUAGCACACGCAUACUAUAGUUGAUGUAGAAUACCACGAUACGCAUCGGACGGGAUGGGAGGCGGCUUGGAAUGCACGGAGCAUAUUCGAUCUUGCGGAUACUAAAGGGGUGU